AUGGCCACAGCUCCAGAAUUUCAAAAACUUCCAACAACAAUUGUUCCUCAACAUUAUGUCUUGGAAUUGGAAAUCGAUCCGUGCUCAACGUGUUAUAAGGGAAAAGUUUCAAUAAAUUUAAAGGUGAAUGAACAAACAAGUUGUGUAAUUAUUAGCUGUUUAGGACCUGUUAUCAAUAAUGCUACAGUAAAGCAUUGUGAAGGUUGUGAUACCACAGAUGACAUUUGCUAUUGCGAAGUAGACGAAAGGGCCAUCAUCACAUUCAAAAAAUGCAUUCCACAAGGAAAAGCUGUUUUGGUUUUGGAAUUUAAAAAAACUUACGAUGACACUCAGACAUCGGGCAUUUAUAAAAGCACUGUCCCAACACCUAAAGGUGACAGGACAUACAUUGUCAGUCAUUUCGAGCCCAACGAUGCCCGAAGGGCUUUCCCUUGUUUUGACGAGCCUUCCCUGAAGGCAACUUUUGAUGUAAUUUUGAAAGUUCCAGAACAAUUAACCGCUUUGUCUAACAUGGAUGUGAAAGAACAAGAGGUAAAAUGUGGCACCAAAACUGUUUGUUUUAAUACGACACCACCAAUGUCGACCUACAUAGUUGCAUUGACAGUUGGCGAAUAUGAAUAUUGUGAAAGCCAAACAAAAAAUUGCGUCAAGGUGCGUGUUUACACAUACAAAGGUUUGAAAGAUCAAGGAAGAUUCGCACUGGAAACCGGUGUAAAAUGUCUAAAUGCCUUUAAUGAACUAUUCGACGAGCCCUACCAUCUGCCAAAACUGGAUAUGAUUCCGGUGCGACAUUACGGCCCGGGCGCCAUGGAAAAUUGGGGUCUCGUAACAUUCCAAGAAUAUACGUUAUUACUCGAUGAAGAUGAAACUCCUCCCGUCUUUAAGAAGGAUAUGGCUCAUAUAAUAUGUCAUGAAUUGGCGCACAUGUGGUUCGGAAAUCUUGUCACCAUGAAAUGGUGGGAUGAAUUGUGGCUAAACGAAGGAUUUGCAACAUUUUAUGCACAACUAGGAAUGAACAAGAUAAAUCCAGAAUUAGACUCUUGGACCAGUUUCAUACAAAUAGUACAUACAGUAAUGUCUUUGGACGAAAUGCCUGCGGCUAUGCCAAUCAUAAAAAAGUCUAAGUCACUUUAUGAUAGUACAAUUCCAUAUGAUGCACCUGCACACUUCUGUUUACUGCAGGAUAGUAGUUAUAGCAAAAUAAUGCUGUGGGCAGGAUCUACCCCUGAAGUUAAAAGCAUGUUCAACGACAUGACUUAUGGAAAAGGUGCUUCCAUAAUUCGAAUGCUGAGAAAUUUUAUGGAAGAUGACUUUAUAAAAGGAAUCAGAUGUUAUUUGAAGUCUAAUAAAUUUAAAAAUGCUGAAACGGCAGAUUUAUGGAAUGCUUUGGAAGAAGCCAGUGGAAAACCUAUAGGUCAAAUAAUGAGUGCCUGGGUCGAAAAACCAGGUUUCCCUCUAUUGAUAGUUUCCGAAACUCAAUGCGAAAACAAACGAAUCAUCAAAAUAAAACAAGAAGUGUUUAGCAAGGAUAUAGAGCAAGAAGUUCCAGCAACCCAAUGGACGAUACCCAUAUCGGUGCUCACUUCCAAAUGCCUAUGUGGAUCAACUACUUCAACAUUGAUGAAUUGUCCAACAACGUCUGUAACUAUUGAUGAUAUGACACCAUGCGAUUGGGUAAAAUUAAAUGCAGGAUCGAUGGAGUAUUAUAGGGUUUUAUAUCCUCCCGAAAUGCUGAGAAAAUUCAAUCAACCCAUCGAAGAUCUAUCAAUGCCAGUUUUAGAUAGAAUUGGUUUGUUGGGCGAUUUGCAUGCCAUGGCCGAAACCGGCAGAAGAACCAUGGAUGAGUUUUUGAAAUUUUUAUGCGUCUUCCAAAACGAAGACAACAACAAUGUUUGGAAGUCGAUUUCAACUAUUUUGGGCAAAGUAGGCAGCAUAAUUUCAUAUACGGAUCUAAAGUGCGAAUUUAGGGAUUUCGUGCUGAAUUUAUGUUGCAAAAUCAGGAAAAAAGUUUGUUUCGAUUCGCCGACUUGCGACCAGGCGAGUGCUUGUCUGAAAAAUGCGAUUUUGCAACUUUUGGUCGAAUUUGAGGACGAGGAAACUAUUCAGGAAGGAAAACGGAGAUUCUGUGACCACAUAAGUGGAAAACGCCAACUGGCCCCUGAUAUAUUUCUUAUAUCCCUGAUGACAGUCAUGAAAGAAGCUGAUGUUGGCACAUUUCAAAAAGUUCUCAAAUUGCAAGAUCAAGCCAAAUCGUUUUUGACACAACUAAGAAUCCAAGUAUCCCUCGGAUAUGCCCAAAAUGAAGAUGUGAUUCAAAAAGUCCUGGAUUACGUCAUCAGUGGUAAAGUUGAGGCUUUUGUAGUUCCAAUUAUCCUUAAUAACAUUACAAAAACACCAAGUGGACGUAGUCAGUCCUGGAAAUUUUUAAAGGAUAACCAAGACAAGAUUGCAGAAACUUAUAAGGGCCAAAACCGAUUGGGAGUAAUAGUAUCAACAUUAAUUAGUAAAUACGCCUGUGGUUCAAAAGCAAAUGAAAUCGAAGAACAUUUUAAAGAAAAUCCAAUGCCUGAAGCAGCUGCUGCAAUUGCUGCAGCAGUCGAAGCAAUUCGAGCAAGGUCCAAGGCUGUCAAGAAACACUACGAAGGACUCGCAAAAUAUUUUAAGAAAAAAUAA